UACACAUUAGCUUUUAGCACACUUAGCUCAAUGACCCAUCAAGAAAAAUUCAGGAAUCAACAAAAUUCAAGAUCCAAAAUAUAAUAAGGCCCACCCCGUUAUGCUGUUCCCUGUCCGAGUUGACUCAGCUCCUUUUUUCAGUCCGUCCUUCACUUCAGGCAUGUAUUCAGUAUAAUGAUUUGCAGAAAUGAAUAAGGCCAGUAGAUUGGCAGCAAAAAUUGGUUUUGGAGCCAACCAUCUUCAUACUAGGGCGCGUUUUUUUCACUGCACCCCUGUUUUGGAGCGCAGAAGGCGUACCCACUGGGAUUCUACAAGUUCUUUUAGGAGUUCCCCAAGGAAGUUUAACCAGUAUAGCAAGAGGCUCAGGAGACAGAGUUUGUUGCGCAAUGCCAGUGAAUUUGCAGAACACCUAUUUCAGAGCUGGCAGUUAGAUACGGAUGAGUUCGAUCAACCGUUUGGUCGAGACAGUUCAUGGUCCAGACCACAUUUCACGGAAAAUGGAUCUAAAAAGGGAAAGUCGAGAUAUAGGACAUCGCACACAUCGAGAUAUUUCGAGUUCUAUGACGACGACGAUGAUGAUGAUGAAGUAGAAUUUGAGACCAUUUUCCGUUCGGCAUUUGGCGGGACGAGGGGCUUCUAUUGGUCCUUCACAAUCGACGAUGAACCACAUUAUAGGAACUCAUCAACUUACUCUAGGAACUAUAGAAAUUCUAGUUCAAGGCGUCGAAAAUAUGAAUAUGAAGAAGAAGAAGAAAACGAUUCAUCAUCCGAUUAUGAGAUUCCUUUGGUGGACAUGACAUCUGAUAGGCUUGCUUUGGGGUUGGCUUCUUCAGGCCCACUAAACAUAGAAGACGUAAAAAAUGCAUACCGAGCAUGUGCAUUGAAAUGGCAUCCAGAUCGCCAUCAUGGUUCUUCCAAGGUUUCUAUUCUGCUGUUAUAUUGUGAUCUCGAGCAAAUAUGGGGAAUGGUUGUUGCCGAGGAAAAAUUCAAGGCAUGCAGCUCGGCUUAUCAGUCUUUGUGUGAUAAACUCGGCCUAGAUGUUCCUAAUUAUCCAACACAUGAUGAAAAGACUGAAUAUUUCUCCAAGAAGUCGUAUUCAUGGAGAUGGUUCGAAAAGGCAUUUCCAGAUGAACGAUUAGCCCUUGGAUUGCCUGCUGCCGGACCGUUAAAUCUUGAAGACGUUAAAACCGCGUAUCGAUCUUGCGCACUUAAAUGGCAUCCUGAUCAUCACCAUAGCUCAUCGAAGGCAUUUGCAGAGGAAAAGUUCAAGAAUUGUAAUAAAGCCUAUCAAUCUUUAUGCCACCAGUUGUCUUCAUCAUGAAGAUUUCAAUGCAAAUAUGGGCUGUUUUAAAGGUGUAAUUUUUAUACCAAAGUAAAUAUGAAUAUAGAGAAUUUGGUGGUGAAUUUCAUUUUGCUCCCAUGGGAUAAUAGGAUCUGAAUCUGCCGAGUUAAGUAAUGCAAUUUGAAGUUUGUAUUUGCACGAAUUCAUUACUAGCAACAUUAUGG